GACAGAUCAUGAAGUUUCUUCUGAUCGUCUUUAUCGCCUUUCUGUACAUCUGCAGCACUUGUGUGCAAGGAAAGGUCGUCCAUGCCAUCUAUAGGACUUAUAAACUAUUACCACCACCUCGUUACAAUCCUAGGCAAUUCGUCCCUCGUGGCCCAUACAGAACUUACGACCGUAAGAAACGCUAUCGCUCCUUUUUGACCAACGCUACUGUGGUUGCCAGUAACUGGGAAGCUACAGGAAUCACGCUAUUCUUUUCCAGAAAACCAGGGAAAAACUGUACGGCCGUUCCUGCCUUUCACAAAGCAGGUUAUCGUCGCCUGUACCUCGGGGAAAUCUACAAUGUCACUGGCUACCACUUUUACAAUGCGUAUACGUUUACGGACUACUGCGCUACUCAAGAAGGUGAAUGUUUGGGCAAGGUGGAGAUACAAGAGUACGUGGACCAUAAAGGCGACUACUUUUACGACACGCGUGGAAGCUACACGAAGAACAUGGAUUCCGGUUUGAGUCAGAUGUUCUCCAUUGCGAACAUCAAACGUUAA